UCUGUGUGGGUGGCACUGAGGGGUUGGGAAGCUCUCGAAGGCAAAGGGGCUUCGACGAGCCUUGGUAGCGCAUAUAGCCAAGAGAGGCAUACUUGGAUGUCAUGGGAAUAAUAUGACUUGCCAGAGGAACCAGGAGUCUGCAGUAACGAGUCUAAGAAUAAUCACUUAGCAGGCUCAACAUGGAGUCUGAAGAUGCUGUGUCUCCUGAAAAAUUAGUUGAGAAUUUGAAGCUCUCAGAAGAACAAAGGAAUCCUCCAGAAUUUGAUUGCAAUAGUGCAUCUAUCCCCCAAAUUGAUAAAGAAGGGGUAAGUCAGUUGCGUGACUCAGCCAAAGAAGAUGAUGAUCUCUUCCAUGACUGUAAUGAUUCCUUUGAAUUGGGAGGAGCAGAAGAGAAUCACAACAGUGAAGGUGAUGCUUCAGCAAAUCCAGAAGAUCCAGAUGAAAAUUACCUAUUAGAAAUGGAGAAAAACAUGCCAGAGGAAGAAAAGCAGAGGAGAAGAGAUGAGAGCACAAAAUUAAAAGAAGAAGGAAAUGAACAAUUUAAGAAAGGAGACUAUAAAGAAGCUGAAGAUUCUUAUGCAAAAGCCCUGCAAGUUUGUCCAGCCUGUUGUAGCACAGAGAGAUCCAUUUUGUACUCCAAUAGAGCUGCUGCAAGAAUGAAGCAGGACAAAAAAGAAACUGCUAUAAAAGACUGCAGCAAAGCCCUUGAGUUAAAUCCAAACUAUAUGAAGCCGCUACUGAGGAGGGCAGAACUGUAUGAAAAAACAGAAAAGCUGGAUGAAGCCUUAGAGGACUACAAAAACAUAUUAGAAAAAGAUCCAUCAAUGCAUCAAGCAAGAGAAGCUUGUAUACUGGAAGACCAGAACCAGAAGCUGUGGGAAGGCCAGACAAACAAUAAGCUUUUGAUUCAAAUGUCAUCUUUGUGGCCAGAUGUGUCAUUUUAGAUUCAAAAGAAGUUGUUCUGGUUUGAUUAAGGAUUGGACAUGGAGUCCUUGUCAGUCAGUUCCUAUUGAAUGGGGAGGCACUGCCCAUCUGCUUGCAUUUUAGAGUUUACUUUACUGUUAAGUGUGUCUUACAGGCAUAAUUCUCGCGGACCUUUGUACAUCCCCAUUUGACUGCCCUAGGCUUAACUUCAGUUCUGGGGGACAGUUGAUUUGCACACUUUAUUCUGGUUCCUGAACUCUGUUAGCUGCCUGUCUUCUCUUUAAGACCAUUGGACUUACUGAGAAGAAGUUGCUGGCAAAAGAACCUUCCAGCGUGUGUGCAUGCAAUAUGAUUUGACUGCUGGUAUUCCAUAAACUUCAUUCUGCCUACCUAGAUGAUACCGUCAGUGUACAGUUUUUCUCCUUGCUGGUGGAAACUGAAGCUUUUGACUUUUUCAGAUAGAAGCUGGAAGAUGCUGGUAAAGUUCAAGUUACAAGUGCAGGGGAUUCUUCUUGACCCAGAUCAAAAGAGCAUUUUGGG